UUUCCCCUCUUUUCUUCUUCUCUCCUCCCUCUCUCAUCCUGUUUCUCCUGUCAUUCUUUCUGUCACUCGUUUCUCCAUCAUCAGUUGAUUAAUUGAAUGAUAAUUGAGACCAGCAUGUCAGCUUUCCUCCUGACUCUGGCCCUCGCCUCCUCCCUGGGCCUCCAGGCCAGGGGACAGCAAGUGACUUGCUCCGACGUGCCCUCGACCAACCUGGUCGCCAACCCGUCCUUUGAAGACGGCACGACCGACUGGUCAGUCAGCAGUUCCUCGUUGACCACCACGACCGAAUAUGCUUCAGACGGCGACUACUCGCUCUAUGUCCCCGGAUCUCUCUCCUCAUGGGCCAUCACGCAAACGUUGGACAGCCUGGAGGUUGGCGUCACCUACGAUAUCUCCUUUGACUACUAUGUCUGGGUCAGCUCAUCCAACACGUACCACUGGCCCUGCUCCAUGCACCUAUACCAUACUGUUCUCGCCGAUUCCAACGUCAUCGCUUCUUUCACCGGCGUCACCUUCACCGCAUCAACCAACGGGUGGCUCACGCUGAGCGGCACCUGGACACCCACCUCCAGCGAAGAUCUGUUCGGGGUCUCGGGCUCCUGCAGCACCUUCCAUAAUGACAACAUUGGCGAUAUCUAUCUGGAUAACUUCCAAGCCAUCCGAGCUACCGCAGUGCAGACCUGUACCACUGCAUCCCCGACUCCUUCGGCCACGGCUUCGUCUGUCACCUCCUCAGCUGUAGCCUCCUCAGUCGUGGUGACUUCUUCGGCCCCGGUCUCUCCAACUUCAGUUCCUUCUUCAGCAGCUGUCUCUUCUUCUUCUUCCUUUUCUUCUCGUUCCACUCGUUCAAGACGUAGGCCGUGUGCCACUCCGUCAUCGUCUCAUGUGUUGAGCUCCAGUGCAUCCCUGCAGAGGACUGCCUCCCAGACUUCUUCCCUGACGGCGUCAUCUCGUCCGACAAGUUCAGCCAGUCUCGGCAGAAGCUCCUCCACUCAUAAACCCUCCUCGAGUAUCAUUCCUCCGUACCACAGAUCCACCACGACCGUCUUCACCACUGUGACUAUUCCCUCGACUACCACCAUUUGUACCAGUUCUUCCGCUGUACCGUUUGGUUCUUCCAGUCUUGUGGCUACUACUACGCCCACGGGAUCCAGCUUGGCGACGGGAUCUAGCUCAGUGGUAACUUCUACUGCGACAGCUUCUACUACAGCAGCAACUGGAUCUACCGCAGCAACUGGAUCUACCGCAGCAACUGGAUCUACCGCAGCAACUGGGUCUAUCGCAGCAACUAGGUCUACCGCAGCAACAUCCGGGUCCACUGUAGUAGCAACCGAAUCUAGCACGGCGACAGCUGCUACUACGGCUGCAACUGGGUCUACUACAGCCACAACUGAGUCUACCACGGGAACAGCUACUACAGUGACAACUGCUACCACCGUGACCACCGCUCAUACAAACACGGUUGAAUUGACCACCUCCACCAUCCUUACCACUCGCACUUCCACCGUCACAGCGUGUCCCUCGACAGUCACCGACUGCCCAGCCAGGUCGCGCACCACCUAUGUUUCUACAGAGACCGUGGUGGUCUCGACCACCGUCUGCCCAGUGACAGCGACCGAGUCGGCGACUGCUACAUCCGUCUCAUCUUCUACCACCGAAAAGUACACCACUUCAACCGUCUUCUCUACUCGCACGGCCACCACCACCGCCUGCCCCUCACACAAGCCCAACUGCCCGGCUCAGUCACGGACCACCUUCCUCACUACAGAAACUUUCGUCGUCUCUACCACUAUCUGCCCUGUCACUGCCGAACGCGCUACUGCCACUCACAUUGCUAGUAAUGGCGAAAACACUUUGUCAACGGCUUCCACCACCACCUCUGCUUUGUUGAGUACCCGUACUGCUACCGUUACUGCCUGUCCGUCCGGUCACACGCAUUGUCCUGCGACGGAAAGUGUGACUGUUGUGACGACUGAGACUUUGGUUGUUGGACAGACUACUUAUACUCUCCCUGCUACCGUCACUGGUAGCUCUGGUUCUGGCAGUGGAAGCUCUGGAAGCUCUGGCAGUGGAAGCUCUGGAAGCUCUGGAGGCUCUGGCUCUGGCUCUGGUAGCUCCAGUAGUGGCAGCUCCAGCUCCGGCUCCGGCAGCUCCGGCAGUUCCGGCUCUAGUUCUGGUAGCUCUGGUUCCGGCAGCUCUAGCUCUGGCAGCUCUGGUUCUAGUAGCUCUAGCUCUGGCAGCUCUGGUUCUGGCUCUGGCUCUGGCUCCGGAAGCUCUAGUUCUAGCAGCUCUAGUUCAGGCAGCUCUAGUUCAGGCAGCUCUGGCUCCGGCUCUGGUUCUGGCUCCGGCAGCUCCAGUUCUAGCAGCUCUAGUUCAGGCAGCUCUAGUUCUGGCUCUGGCUCUGGCUCCGGCAGUUCUGGAUCUGGCAGCGGUUCUGACAGUGGUACUGGAAGCUCUGGCUCUGGCUCUGGUAACCACACCAGCACUCAAACCAGCUCUGCCUCUAUCUUCACAACCCUGGCGGCGGGUACAAACAGCAGCAGAACCAGCACGACGCUGUCGACUCCCUCAACGACCAGUGCAGUCUCGCCUGUCUACACUGGCGCGGCAUCUGGACUGGCUUACGGUGUCUCGCUGUUCACAGCUUGCAUCAUGGGUGUCCUUGUUUUCUUGCUGUAGCACUUUGCGUCUUUCCUCUUUAGCUAGAUGAUUCCUUGCCAUGAUAACGAUCAUAUAUAAUCAUAUAAUAUAAUAUAAACCAAGUUAUUAUAAACCA